AUCUCUUUUACUUUACUGCAUCAAAUUUUUUUCUUAGAUUUUUGUUUAGUUUUCUUUUGCUACAACGGUCUCUGUGAAUGUCGUUCGUCUCAUGAAAAAUCAUCAAAAACCUCUUCUUUUUUUCUUGUAAUUUUCUGCAGGUUAAAAUUAUGGGAACCUCGAGAAUCAUCGUUCUUCUUCUUCUUGCGAUCCUGCAGUGCUUCUCUUCAGUAAAAGGAGAAGCAACAGAAUACGUGAAAUAUAAAGACCCAAAGCAACCACUCCACACGAGAAUAAAUGAUUUGUUGGAAAGAAUGACUCUUGCUGAAAAAAUCGGGCAGAUGGCACAAAUCGAAAGAGUCAGUGCAACUCCUGAAGUCAUCAAGAACUACUUCAUAGGUAGUGUUCUGAGUGGUGGAGGAAGUGUUCCUGGUCCUCAGGCUUCUGCUGCCACUUGGUGCAGCAUGGUAAGUGAGAUGCAGAGAGCAGCACUGUCUACAAGGCUUGGGAUUCCAAUUCUGUUUGGCAUUGAUGCAGUUCAUGGCCACAAUAAUGUCUAUGGAGCCACUAUUUUCCCUCACAAUGUCGGCCUUGGAGCCACAAGGGAUCCAGAGCUUGUGAGGAAAAUUGGAGCUGCUACUGCUCUCGAAGUCAGAGCAACCGGCAUUCCUUAUGUUUUUGCUCCUACUGUUGCGGUCUGUAGAGAUCCGAGAUGGGGCCGUUGCUAUGAGAGUUACAGCGAAGAUACACGAGUAGUUGAAGAAAUGACAUCGUUGAUCGACGGUUUACAGGGCACUCUUCCUGCAAAUUCUCAAAAAGGAGUUCCAUUUGUUGCUGGAGGGAAAAAUGUUGCUGCCUGUGCCAAGCACUACGUAGGAGAUGGUGGAACAAACAAGGGUAUCAAUGAAAACAACACCAUUGUUGAUUUCCAUGGACUUCUUAGUAUCCACAUGCCUCCCUAUUACCAUGCUAUUAUCCGAGGCGUAUCGACUAUAAUGGUUUCAUAUUCGAGCUGGAAUGGAGAAAAGAUGCAUGCUAAUCAGUUUCUAAUCACUAAUUUCCUCAAAAACAAACUGAGGUUUAGGGGAUUUGUGAUAUCGGAUUGGGAAGGAAUCGAUAGGAUCACUUCUCCUCCACAUUCAGACUACUCUUAUUCCAUUAUGGCAUCAAUUACUGCUGGCAUCGACAUGGUUAUGAUCCCUUAUAAUUACACGGAGUUCAUCAAUGGCCUGACUCACCAUGUGCAGACCUACGACAUUCCGACGAGCCGAAUCGAUGACGCUGUGAGAAGGAUACUUCGAGUCAAGUUCAUAAUGGGCCUAUUCGAGAACCCCUACCCUGAUCUCUCAUUAGUUGAUCAUUUGGGCAGCCUGGAACACCGUGAACUUGCCCGAGAAGCUGUUCGGAAGUCGCUUGUUCUUUUGAAAAAUGGAAAGGUGAAGGAAGGCCCAGUGCUGCCAUUGCCUAAGAAGACUGAGAGCAUUCUUGUCGCCGGAAGCCAUGCCCAUAACUUGGGCUAUCAAUGUGGUGGUUGGACAGUUACUUGGCAAGGAAUUAGUGGAAACGACAACAUAACUGGAACUACAAUUUUUGAGGCCAUAGAAACCAGUGUAGACCCAAGCACAAACAUAGUCUUCUCCGAAAACCCCGACGCUUCCUUCCUCGAGCAAAACAACUUCUCGUAUGCCAUUGUUGUCGUCGGAGAACCACCAUAUGCAGAAACCUAUGGGGACAACUUGAAUCUUACUGUACCUGAACCUGGCUUAGACCUGAUCAGAAAUGUGUGUGCCACAGUCAAGUGUGUCGUGAUCAUGAUCUCCGGUCGACCGUUGGUGGUUGAACCGGUCAUCGACAAGAUCGAUGCAUUCGUGGCAGCUUGGCUUCCCGGAAGCGAAGGCCAGGGGGUGGCUGAUGUGCUCUUUGGCGACUAUGGAUUUACAGGAAAGCUUCCAAGGACAUGGUUUAAGUCUGUUGAGCAGCUGCCCAUGAACUUUGGAGAUGCACACUAUGACCCUCUAUUUCCUUUAGGAUUUGGAAUCUCUACAAGUCCAGUGAAUGCUUGA